CUGCGAGGAGAUGUACUGGCACUUGACUGGAGGCAGUAGAGUAGAGUAGAGUAGAGCAGUAGAGAAGUAAAGAGUACGCUCUCCCCCUCCCUCCCUCGCUGAGCAGAGCAGAGCUGUUGCUCACCAGUAGCAGAGAUCCCAGGCAGGCAAGCAAGGCAGCAGAGGGGAUCCGGCAAUGGCGGGCGGGGGGCGCAGCGGUCGCGGGGAGGAGGAGUACGACUACCUGUUCAAGGUGGUGCUGAUCGGCGACUCGGGCGUGGGGAAGUCCAACCUGCUGUCCCGCUUCACCCGCAACGAGUUCUGCCUCGAGUCCAAGUCCACCAUCGGCGUCGAGUUCGCCACCCGCACCCUCCACGUGGAGGAGAAGAUAAUCAAGGCGCAGAUCUGGGACACGGCGGGGCAGGAGCGGUACCGGGCCAUCACGAGCGCCUACUACCGGGGCGCGCUCGGGGCGGUGCUCGUCUACGACGUCACCAAGCCCACCACCUUCGAGAACAUCAGCCGUUGGCUCAAGGAGCUGCGCGACCACGCCGACGCAAACAUCCGGAUCAUGCUCGUCGGCAACAAGACCGACCUCAAGGACCUCCGGGCCGUCGCCACCGACGAUGCGGGGGGAUACGCCGAGGCCGAGGGGCUGUCCUACAUCGAGACGUCCGCACUCGAGGCCAUGAACGUCGAGGAGGCCUUCCAGCUCAUCCUCGGCGACAUCUACCGCACCGUCAGCAAGAAGGCCGUGGCCUCCGAGGAGGACAGGGCAGGGGCUGCUGGGGUCAAGGAAGGGAAGACCAUCAAUGUCGCCGCCGCCGCCGACAAUGGCGGUGAGAAGAAGCAAUGCUGCUCAGCUUAGGAUGGACGGAUGAUGCCCAGCAGAUGUAUGUUAUGUGACGGUUGUUUUUUGAGUUUUAUGAGCCUUGUUGAUUCAUUUUGUCAGAUAUCCACCUACCUGAAACUCACAUAUAUUCAGUUACUAUAUGAUAUAUCAACUUCAUUGGUUUACAUAUCAGCAAAAGAAAAAGAUCGUUGUCUGUAUGAUA